AUGGCCUCCGCCGAAAUUCCUUGGCAAUAUUAUUUCUGCCACCAAUGCGACUUCAUCGUGGCCAUCCGUCUCAGGCCCAACACUAUUCCUCGCUGCCCCAAUUGUCUAGAUGGGUUUCUUGAGGAAAUUGAUGACCAGUUUGCUUUUUUUCAGGACUACGCGUGGAAUUUGAGGGCUGGUGGGGCCAAUACUCAGUUUGUGUUUGAGAAUCAUCCCUAUGGUGGUGAGGGUUUCCCUGCCAAUAUGGGUGAUGAUUUUUUUAUGGGACAAGGGCUUGAGCAGCUGGCUGAAGAUGACCCGGAACAAUAUGGGACCCCGCCUGCUUCGAGAACUGCUGUGGAGGGGCUUCCAGAUGUUGUGGUUGAUGAUAAGCUGUUGGGGUCUAAUUCAGCACAGUGUGCUGUCUGUCAAGAUGAUUUUGAGAAGGAUAUGGUUGUCAAGCAGAUGCCUUGUAAGCAUGUGUAUCAUUCUGAGUGUUUGUUGCCAUGGUUGGAAUUGCAUAAUUCUUGCCCUGUUUGUAGGUACGAGUUGCCUACUGAUGAUCCUGAUUAUGAGAAUCGGGCUAGGGGUACUGAUCAUGCUUCUGGAUUUGAAAAUGAUUCAAGUGGUAAUAGUGGCGGGGAUUCAGGUUCUGGCGGUCCUCAGAACAUGGACACAAAUUAG